AACACUUGUCACAGUGAGACUUCAGACUAUGUUUUAUUCUUAAUUUUAUUAUUAAAAUCAAUUUGUACUAAAUGUGACCUUUUUCUUUUUCCAGGUGAGGUUUUAGGAUUACUAGGACACAAUGGAGCUGGUAAAAGUACAUCCAUUAAAGUGAUAACUGGAGACACCAAACCAACUGCUGGACAGGUUCUACUGAAAGGCAGCAGCGAAGGGGACCCUCUGGGGUUCCUGGGAUACUGUCCUCAGGAGAAGGGGCUGUGGCCCCACUUGACAGUGAGACAGCACCUGGACGUGUUCGCUGCGGUGAAAGGGCUGAGGAAAGCAGAUGCCACCGUCACCAUCACACGGUUGGUGGAGGCACUCAAGCUGCAGGAGGAGCAGAAGCGCCCCGUGAAGGCCUUGUCAGAGGGAAGCAAGAGAAAGCUGUGCUUCGCGCUGAGCAUCCUGGGAAACCCAUCGGUGGUGCUGCUGGACGAGCCAUCCACGGGCAUGGACCCUGCGGGGCAGCAGCAGAUGUGGCAGGCGAUCAGGGCCAGCUUUAACAACACCGAGAGGGGCGCCCUCCUGACCACCCAUUACAUGGCCGAGGCAGAGGCCGUGUGUGACCGUGUGGCCAUCAUGGUGUCCGGGAGGCUGAGGUGGGUGUCUGCCCAAGCCCACACUUGACCACCAGCUGCAUGGCUGGCAGAGUUUGUCGGUGGGCAGAGAGGUCACUUUGAAAAACUGGGACCACCUG